AGGGUCUUAGGAUCGAUAACACGUUAAUUAGGCGACAUGGCUAAUCGUGGGCGACCUCGCGUUCGGAACGCGCAUAGACGCGACCCUAUCGUCACCAGAAGCAGAUCGGCUAACCGACGAGCAACCAAUAUGGCUGCCAACGUGCAAAAUCCAGUUCCGCAACAAAAUGUUAAUCCACCUAAUCAACCUGCCCCACGUGCACGAGCUCCCAUGUCACCACCAGAUCUCUAUCUAUUUGAUCCGGCGCACCAUCUCGCAGGAGCAUGGCUGGCCACGCUUAGAGCACAGCAGUACGAUGAUCACGAAGCACAGAUCAACAUUCCGGCUCGAAUGGGAGGAGACGCUCAUCAUUGGUAUAGUACCUAUGUAUGGGUGGAUCUCCCGACCUUCGAACGGGAUUUCAUGAAUCGAUUUGAUUAUGUCCACCCCGAGCAAGCGUUGUACAUGAUCAAGGACCGAGUGCAAAAACCGCUCGAAUCCGUUGCGGAAUAUCGAAACCGGUUCUACCGAAUGUUUGUAAAAACUGAACGAGUGGUCUGGGGAAUUCAGCACUUUCAUCCGUAUCUCUACAGACAGAAGUUUCACCUCGUGACGGAUCACGAGCCUCUGCUAGCUUUGAAGAAGCUCACCAACUACACGGGCAUGAUUGGCCGUUGGGCGGUGCGAUUGCAAGAAUACGACUUCGAUAUCGUCCAUCGAAAGACGGAGCGACACGGCAACGCGGACGGGCUGACACGCCUACAUCGACCUGCCAAGUCCGAUAUCCAUCCUCGCCUUUCCUACUGUCUAAAGCCCCUCGCUGUCCCCGAUAUCCAUUCUCCCUAUUGGGUCAUGUGGCGCGAAGACUUCAUCGAACUUUCACUGUGUCUGGUGGAAGUACAGCUGACGUGGAUCGACGGCGAAGCGCACCCGCCUUGCAUAAAGCGCUUGGAGUUGCUGUUCAUCCAGGCCUGGAGAACCAACGUGGAGGGAGAGCUUCUCGCGUUUCUAUUUGGUACGAUGCGGCCCGAUCAUCAAGAUCUCAUCACGAAAGAGCUCACGAUCCCGGUAGCACAGCUGGCGGACGAUCUCCCUCUUGAUAUCAUCUCGCAGGACGACGAGCAUUUAGUUCCCCACGUACUUUCUCGCACACUGACACCUUAUCUUCAGUGGUCGGCUUGUGUAGAAGGAGCUGCAGAGCGCAUCCCGCCGUCGCAGCAACAAUACCUGGAUCCCCGGACGACUCGCGAUCCUGCCUUCUUCAGGCGUCCUACGGCGGAGCAGCUUGCGGCCAUCCGAGAAGAAGAGGAGGAGGAAGAGAGUACCGGGAGUGACGAAGACGACGACGGAUUGGAAGAAGGCGGGAACAGCGACGAAGAGCUCAGCGAAGAGGACGAGACCCCCGAAGAAGGAAGCUAUAGCGAGCAUAGCGAAGGGGAACAGAGCGAAGAAGAAGAAGAAAGCGAGGAAGAAGACGAGGAACACGACGAAGAGCCUGCUCGAUCAGAGUGGGAAGCCGUGCCAGAAGAAGCGUUGCGUACAGGUACGGAGGCGAAAGAUCUAGACGCGGCCCGCAAAAGAAAAGAGAUCGCGGUCGGGAAGGAGUUAGAGCUCGCAAGCGUAGCGAGUCUGCAGAUUCACGACGAUCCGAACCGAGAUCCGGAGCCGCCCCGGCCUGAAGAUGGCGACCUCGCGGCCACGACUCCGACCCCAUCAGCGCGGAGACGGAGCCAAUCCCCCUCCUCGUCAACCCGUCCCCCAGUUCGCCGACGUACCGAUACAGGCGAUCGGUCUUCGUCCCCAAUCACUCUCUCGCCGUCCCCUUGACUACCUCACCCUCCGCCAGCUCACCACCCCCAUCACGUUCCCCUCCAAUCCGUUUCCUCGCGACACCUUCCGCCACUUC